UUUGUGUUUUUCUUUAUGACUGCGUGAGUGUGGGUGGGGCCUCAGAAUGUGCAUUUUUUUUUUGGCGGGGACGAACGGAAAUAUCGCUGAUGGAUUCGCUUUCCGCAGCGUUUAUUACCUGGUCUUCUCGUUCUCUGGAUCGUACAAAUUCGGUGUACUGGUCCUCUUCAAACUCGCCGCGACGGUGUUUGGAGGAAUCACGGUCAGGAUCGUGCAUAAAGUGGUUGCUAUGAAUGGGCAUGGAGAUGCGCUGCGGACGGCGGCGGCCAUGAAGUUCUUCAUCGAAGUAUCGUACGAAAUCUACGUCUUCUUCACCAUCCACGACCUGCACGGGUGGCCGCUGUUCUCGGCCUACCUCCUCAUGGAGAUGGCGAUCCUCACCUUCGAGUGCUGGCACGACGAAGAGUCGGCGCUGGACGCCUGGCUCAAGUACCCAUCGAUGUGGCUGCAGCGUCUCAAAAACGCAAACUCGCCACCCGCGGAACCGACGCCGUUGCCGCCAAAGGCGAAGGACCACCACGUCUCGCAUCACUCUGCGAACCAUGAGGGGGAACAUCAUGCGCAUAAUUUGGUGGAUAUGGAUGCGGUGGCUGCGAGUAAUGCGAUGUUGCAUGUGGAGGGGAGGAAGCAUUUUAAUGCGAGGGUUUUGCAUUAUUGUGUUGCUGUGCAGGCUCGUAUCUACGGGGCCAUCGCAACGACCGUCCUCCUCCCCACGUGGUACUACGGGCCCAACCGCGACUGGUACAUCUUCGAGUUCUCGUCGCUCGACCUGUGGAACUCUCUCGGGCUCGUAUGGCUUUCGGUCGGGGUGACGUUAGUGCACGUGCUGCUGACACGGCAUUUCGUCUGGAAGGCGUUCAAGAUCGACCUUGUGGUUGCGUGGGUUGGGUACGCAGACACGUUCUCGGAUUACUUCUGGGCCGCGUACACCACGGCGCCUGUGUUUCCGGCGGUGCAGUUAGGCAGACAGUGGGGGAUGGUGUGGUUCUUUCGGAGGAUUAGUGGGUUGGGUGUGCCCAAUAUUCCAUGAGGAGGACCGUCCUGAUUUUCAUUAGACUAGCAAUAACGAAUGAUUGAUUGACAAAAGCUUCA